UAAUUAGUUAUAUAUAUUAUAUUAUAAGCUUCCCUUAGCUUUAGCAAUUAGCAUUCAGUUCAGAAGUGAAGAAUGUCCACAGGCAGGAAACCAGCGAAGAGAAAACUGUCCGAUGAAAAACCAGAUAAAGUUUAUGAUUUUCAUGAAGAAGUUGGAACGAAAGAGAACAGUGGCUCUGAGGAUGAGAUUAGAGAAGCAGAAGAUUCUCCAAUUGCACACAAGCUGCCAAAGAAAAGAGUAGCAUCUGCCCCUUCAGCUGAGGAGAAAGCCACUGGUGUCGGCGAAGUCCAGUCAAUGUUGGAGAGAUUUGGAGUUGACAUCAGCAAAGUGAUGCAGGCCAAGAAGAAACGUCUGGAGUCUCUCACCAAGAACUACAUGAAGGGAAGUCAAGAUAAACUGGAGCAACUGUGGAACAACCAUCACACCCAGAGGCAGAAGAUGACUCAGCUGUACAGCCAGCAGGUGGACGCAGCGCUGCAGCAGUGGGAGACGGAGGCCCAGAGGCGUGACGAGCAAGAAGAGCAGCUCAACGAUCUCUUCAGACAGCAGCAAAAAGUCCUGCAACAGGCUCGGGUGAUGCAGAACCAGAAGCUUAAGAAGGUCCGAAAGCUGUACGAGCAGUUUGUUAAGAUGACAGAGGACAUGGAGAAGACCCAUGAGUCUUUUCUGCAGGGGGCGCAACAGGAACUGAAGAAGGAGAUGAACACCUUGCAAAAGAAGGUUCUCAUGGAAAUGCAUCAACAGGAGAUGGCCACUGUCCGCAAGUCUCUGCAGUCCAUGCUGUUCUAGCACCAGUGUUCCACCAGUAUGUGCUCCUCAUUCCCAGGGUUCUCCGUGGAGAUUUGAACCUGCAGCGGUGUUAUUAUAAAUGUUUCUGUUCUUGUGGGAGUUCAGUUGUUUUGAUGCCACUUAGUUAACAGUAUUAACUGGAAAAAAUAAUAUUAAAAUAAAAUAAUAUUGUUUAAAACCAGUGCAGUAUUUUAUUUCAUGAAUUAUCUUUAAAGACAGCAGCCUCUGGUGGAAGUACUUCCCGGACUGUGUCGUUGUAACAAACUAAAUGUA